AUGUGUGGUAUCUUCGCCUGCCACCACCACCCGGAUGUGCAGGCUUUCAAGCCUACAGCUUUGCGCAUGGCAAAGGCUGUGCGCCAUCGCGGACCCGACUGGAGUGGAAGCUUCAUCGCCGAUAAGACUGUCCUUUGUCACGAGCGUCUCUGUAUCGUCGGUGUCGACUCCGGUGCGCAACCCCUCGUUAAUGACGAUGGAUCCCUCGCCUUGGCCGUCAACGGUGAAAUCUACAACCACCGUAUCGUGAGAAAGACCCUGGAUGUGGAAUACGAAUAUAAAACACACUCGGACUGUGAAGUCAUCAUUCCCCUGUACAUGAAAUAUGGUCUCGAUGCUCCCAAGCACCUCGAUGGUAUGUUCGCCUGGGUUCUGUACGACAAGAAGCAGGAUAGGGUUGUUGCGGCACGUGACCCCAUCGGUAUCUGCAGUUUCUACAUUGGUUGGUCCUCUCAGACUCCUGGGGCCGUUUUCUUCGCCUCCGAGUUGAAGAGUCUGCACCCAGUUUGCGACAAGGUCCAGGCUUUCCCGCCCGGUCAUGUCUUUGACUCCAAGAGCGGUGAAUUCUCCCGCUACUUCCAGCCCUCAUGGUGGGACCCGACCAACGUUCCCAGUACGCCAAUCGAUUACAAGGCCAUUCGCGAGUCUCUCACCAAGUCGGUCCGCAAGCGUCUGAUGGCGGAGGUCCCGUAUGGUGUGCUUUUGUCUGGCGGUCUCGACUCCAGCUUGGUCGCUUCAAUUGCCCAGCGUGAGACCCUACGCUCGCAGAAGGCUAGCUCUGGCGUUCAGAGCGAGACCAACGGUGAACUGGUCGGUAUUGAUGAUGAGAACGAGCUUUCCACGGUCAACUCCUUCCAGCAGCUGCAAUCGUUCUCCAUUGGUCUUCCCGGUGCCCCCGACACUGAGGCCGCCAUGGAGGUGGCCAAGUUUCUGGGAACCAAGCAUCACGCUCUCACCUUCACGAUUGAAGACGGUCUCAACGCCCUCUCAGAUGUUAUCUACCACCUGGAGACAUAUGAUGUGACCACUAUCCGUGCUUCCACACCUAUGUACCUGCUCAGCCGCAAGAUCAAGGCAUAUGGAGUCAAGAUGGUCCUGAGUGGUGAGGGUAGUGACGAGAUCUUCGGCGGGUACCUCUACUUCCACGCCGCCCCCAACAAGGAGGAGUUCCACAGGGAGACCGUUCGACGUGUGAAGAACCUGCACUUGGCAGACUGCCUCAGAGCCAACAAGUCAACAUCCGCUUGGGGUCUGGAGGCCCGUGUUCCCUUCCUCGACAAGGCGUUCAUCGAGACGUCUAUGGCCGUUGAUCCUCAGGAGAAGAUGAUCACAAAGGACCGCAUUGAGAAGUACAUCCUGCGCAAGGCGUUUGACACAUCCGAUGAGCCCGAUGUCGAGCCCUACCUGCCAGAUAAGAUCCUUUGGCGCCAGAAGGAGCAGUUCAGUGACGGUGUCGGCUACAGCUGGAUUGAUGGCCUGAAGGACCACGCCGAGCUUCACGUCACCGACGAGAUGAUGAAGAACCCCAAGCCCGAGUGGGGUGACGAUAUCCCUGAUACUAAGGAAGCCUACUGGUACCGCAUGAUGUUUGAUGAGCACUUCCCACCAUACUGUGCAUCCACAGUCGAGCGCUGGGUCCCUACAUGGUCGAAACAGAGCGACCCUAGCGGAAGAGCCAUUGCCACCCACAACGCCAAGUACGAUGACGCCGAAUAA